AUGGAAGAAUCAUAUGCACCUAUUACAAGGAAUAGGAGUAAAUUAAGUAAUGAUAAGGUAGAUAAAAACUACGAACAUGAUGGAGGGGUAGAGAGUAAUCAAUGUAAUAGCAUAGUUGGAAUUAGUCAACGUGAUAGCGCAGCUGGGAGUAAUCAACGCAGUAGCAAAUGUAAGAGUCCUCUACGUAGUAGCGACUGUGGUACGUACCACUGCGAAGGCCUUUUCCUAAAAGUAAUUCUGUUUGUUGUGGUAACAGUGCAUUCUCUUCUCAUUUACUCAAUGAUAAGAAUUAAAAAAAUUAAAAAAAUUAAUUACAAUAUAAGAGAUGAAAACAUCAUUUUCCUAACAGAAAUAGUAAAAUUCUUUACAUCUCUCAUUUUUUAUAUACAUGAAAAUAAGUUCAAUUUAAAAUUAAUAAGGGAAAAUGUAAGUGAUAUAUUUAGUACAAGAAGGUUUUAUGUAAUUUCUUUGGUAGUACCUAGUAUUUUAUAUUAUCUUCAGAAUAUGUUGUUUUAUGUAGCUAUGUAUAAUAUUCCUACUCCCCUAUUUCAGUUGUUGUAUCAAUUUAGAAUUUUAAUAGUAGUUCUUUUUACUUUUUUAAUUUUAAAUAAGAAAAUAAAAAGCACUCAAGUUGUUUCCAUAACUUUUUUAUUUUUAUCCUUGAUAUGUCUGAAGGAUUACAACAUGGAUUAUAACAAUCAUACUUCACAUAAAAAUGAUAAAAUAAAUUGGUCAAAUGACAUUCCACAUGACCAAUGUUUAUUCACAAAUUACAUUUGGAACAAAAAAGAUAUAUUAUUUUACUUCCAUCAAGGUAAAUCCUUAUGCAGUAUUGGUACUGGUGGAAAUAUUAGCAGCAGUAGUAGCAGUCAUAAAAUGGGAUACCCCCUUUUUUUGUAUGAAAUGAAAAUGAAACUUUUGUUUCAACAAAAGCUUAACAAAAAAUACGGGAGUUAUAUUUUUCCUGACCACGCAAGGAAUAACUGUGAAAUGGAAUUAUCAAAUGGUUGUAUCUCAGACAGCUCCGAUGCGUUUAUUAUUAGAAUUAGCGCUAGCGGUGCCAAUAAUAGUGAUAGUGUCCGUAGAGGGACUCCUAACAGUGUAGUUAGUAUUGGGUCUACUAAUGCUUAUAUUACUUCUUACGCGUCUAACGCUUCUAACACUUGUGAUGGUAUCGCUAAGCCUAUAAAUAGAGAGGAGAUGUACGAUCCCCCCAGUAACAACAUCAAGAACGAAGAAAAGCAUGGACAUAAUAAUAUACUAAUUGGAGUGUUAACUACAUUCUUAGCAACAUUUACGAGCGGAUUUUCAAGUGUAUUUUUAGAAUUCCUGUAUGUUAAUUAUAGGUAUUCUUUUUGGUUCCAAAAUAUUUGUUUAGCUUUCUUCAGCAUCAUACUCAGCGUAUGUAUGAAUAAUAUGAACAUGUCAUCUAUUUUUAAUAAAUUCCUGAAUAAAAAUUAUACACGUAAUAAUAAUUAUGACAUGAUCACGUUGCAUAGGAGUUUAAAAAAUAGGCAUUGCGAUGAUUUCCAUGAUAGCGAUAAUUGCUAUAGUUGCUGUAAUUGGGAUGAUUACUUUUUGUUAAGUAAUAUAAGAAACUAUUUUGCUCAGUAUUUUAAUUCAUUCAAAGAGUUUGUAUAUGUUUUUUCGUUUAUUUUCUUAAACAGUUUCGGUGGAAUUAUGACAUCUAUUUUUAUUAAACAUGUAGGCAGCGUUACAAGGUUUUUUGUUACCCCUGUUAGUUUGUUAUUUAAUAUUUAUAUGUCAUCCAUAUAUUUUAAAGAUUUUGAAUUCACGUUCAAUUAUUUAAUUUCGUUAGUGUUUGUUUCUUUUUCCUUGUACUUUUAUUUUAAAGAGAUGUACUAA